AUGGGUUGCGGCGCAUCGAUCGAUGCGGGCCAAGUCGACCGCAAAGCUCUUGCCCCCAGCCUAGUUGUUACCCUGCAUGACCAUCAGCCUACGCGCACCUCCCAAAAGGAUGAGCCUCGGCGCAGCUCAAAAAACGAUGGUCCCAGGCGCGGCUCCCAAAGCCGGGGCGACUCUCGGCGGAACUGGAAAAGGGAUGCCUCAAAGGACGGCGAGCGGUUCGGCAAGGGGGAGGUCACCGUGGUUCUGCUGCUCGGGGCGACCAAUUUCACUCUGGAACAUUCGGAGGAGUGGGCUCACGUUGCGGAGGAGCUAGGGUUUUGCCGGCUGGGCAUGGGGAAAAUUCUUCAGGAGAAAACGGAAAAGGAAAAUGGAGCGGUGAAAAAGGAAGCGCGAAACGGAGCGGACGACAGGGAGCCGGAGACCAGAGAAGCUGAAAAGGGAGCGGAAAGCGGAUCGGGGAAAGCGGAAAUGGAGAGCAGUGCAGUGAACAGGAAAGUGGAAAUUGGAGCAGAGAAACUAGAAGCGGAGCAGGGAGAGGGCGAAAAAGGAGCAGUCAACGGAGCAGAUGAUAAAGAAGCCGAAAGCAAAACAGUGCCGAAAGUGGCAAACGGAACGGGCAAAGAGGAAACGGAGAACCGAGCAGAGAAAAAUGAAUUGGGAAACGGAGCGGAGGAUGGAGCGGGAAAACAAGAAGCGAAGGUGGAAUUAAAUGAAAACGUGAUGGACGGGACAAGGGAGAAAACGGAAGUGGAGAUUUUAGGAGCCCCGGAUGACGGGAAGGGAGCGACUGAAAAUGGGGGAGCUGAGAUCAUUAGGGCGGCACCCCUCUCUCUGCACGGCGAUUCCGGUUCCUUCGACCAAGCGUUCCGGGGCCUUUUGGGGGCGAUCCGGCGGAUCGCCGGGCGGCGACUCCUCAUCGACGGCACUACGUGGACGGUCCGAGAAGUCGAGGCGUUUGAAGCGAUCGUGGCGCCGAUCGACCUCGUUCUUUUGUUCGACUGCGCACAGGACACUUCGCUCGAGCCCAAAGCGGAACUUCCAGGAGCUGACGUCAGCAGCCCACCUGAUAGCCACGUCGAGUCUCUCGGUACCGCCGCCGGCCGUCAGCCUGGGGACGAAAGCGCGUCCUCGGAAGGUGACGUCAGCGUCACCCCAGAAACUCAAACCGCAUCGUUGAAGGCUGACGUCAUCGGCCAGCCCGAAAGAAGUGUUGCAACCCUAGAAGCCGACGUCAGCAGUCAGCCGGUAGUCAGCAACACGACGUCAGCAGCGGCCGCGGCCGCGGCCGACCGCUUUGGCCCCCUGAGGGAUUACUUCAAGGAGCGCGUCAGCGGUGGGAAGAGUGACGUCAUCGUUCACGUGGUCUCCAGCGGGUCCGCGUCAGCAGAUGACGUGGCCAAGGUCCUACACGAGCAGGAGUACAGAUUUGUUCCGUUGGAAGCAGUCGCGCGCGUGGACAGCAAUAAGCGAUUGGCGGAGGAGGAUAAGCGAUGGGCGGCUCUGAUGGCGGCCAAUCCUAGCGGUCCGAUUGCUACCGCGUCGCCGGAGGAUACGGAGAGCGCCGCCGAGAAGUUUCGGAAAGAGUAUCCGUGGGUCGUUCCGCUGAAGUACGUUGCCAGCUUCUGCGUCCGCUUAACGGAACGCUACUGGGCGUGGUUCGACCCGGAACCAGUGGAGGCCGAAUCCGAUUCCGAGGACGAAGGGGGAACUACAGACGCUGACAGUGAUGCCCAACGAAAUUACAAGACUCUCUAG